AGGUGCACCGCUAAGUGUGACCAUAUUGCCGCCUGGCCUGGAAAGAGUGCGCUAGUGGAUUGCUUUUAUACCUGGUGAUCAGUGAUCACCGAUCAGUGCAACAUCUACUACUUCUCGGCCAGAAUGGAGGUCGAUCCCGCAGAAGAGGCGCCUCUUGACGAGGAGCACACGUCCAUAUACGACGGUUAUCCGCCCGAUUUUGGAUACUUUAACAUGGCCCACGGAAUGCUAGUGGAGAUAUCCGAGGAGAUCCGGGCCAAGUUCCCCCAAGAGCCGCGUCUGCGGUUCUCCCAGCUGAACAACCUUCACCUGGCGGCCCGCAGUGGCCAGAUGUUGAGCUUCGUCGAGAUCUUGAAUUCUGUUAGCUGCAGGGCGGUGCAGACCCACCUGGUGAAUACAAAUUUCGAUCAGCCGGAUGGACAAUCGCUAACCCCGCUGACCAUGGCCGCGAUGUCGGGCAAUGUGAAAUUCGUCAAGACCCUGCUGUCGCACUACGACGUGGACUUGGAGCGGGAGUGCAAUGUCAUCUUCGACGGAAUGGUGGUCUACGGAGCCACCGCUCUGUGGGUGGCUGCCGGAAUGGGGCAUCUGCAGAUAGUCAAAAUGCUCGUCCAAGCGGGAGCGGCCAUCAAUCAUAAUACCAAGGCGCAGUCGUCGCCGCUGAGAGCGGCCUGUUAUGAGGGUCGAUUGGACAUCGUUGAAUUCCUAAUUGAUAAUGGCGCUGACGUGAACGCCACGAAUUUGUUUAACAACAACACGCUUAUGAUUGCCGCCUACAAGGGUCACCACUUGGUGGUAAAGACUCUGCUUCAGAAUGGAUCGAGGGCCAAUGAUCAGGCGCUGUGUGGUGCCACUGCCUUGCACUAUGCGGCGGAAAGCGGUCAUCUGGACGUGGUGGUAGCCCUGCUGGACCAUGGAGCCACACUUAAGAAGAAUGAGCUGGGAAUCACGCCCGCCUUGCAGGCUGCCGAACGUCUCCAUGAGGAUGUCCUGGAAGCGUUCAUCGAACGCCCAGGACUGAUGAGCCUAGAGGAGCAGAUUACAGCGUUGGAGCUUCUAGGAGCCACCUAUGCGAAUGACAAAACCAAGUACGACGUGAAUAAGGCCUAUUGCUAUCUACUGAGAGCUAUGCAGCUGCGGUACAGCAAUCCACGCGGUGUUAUCCGCAAGAAAGUGCUGCCCACAGUGCCCGCGUACGACAAUUGGCUUGAGACUGAAAACCUGCCCGAAUUGUAUGCCAUCAAACUUAAUCACCACUCCAUCCACAUGGAGUCGUUGGCCAUUAGGGAACGCAUACUGGGCCGCAAUAAUCCGGAGUUGCCUCAGGCAAUUAUCUAUCGAGGAGCUGUGAUGGCGGAUCAGGGCAGAUUUUACCAGUGCCAGGUGCUUUGGAACUAUGCCAUUGAUCUGCGAAUGCGCAAUAAUGUAUCGGUAGAUCGGGACCUCUUACGGUUCGCCCAGCUUUUCGCUCAGAUUUUGCGUGCGGAGAACCACAAUCUUACGUUGGAUCACGUUCUGCCAGUUUUGGCCAAGUGCCAGCAGGAGAUCGAGAACAAUAAGUUUAAAAUUAAGGAAGCCAAGCCCAACACUUGCCCCAGUCUAUGGCAGGAUCAAAACAAUCAGAACUGCAUUACUGCGCUCUAUCUAAUCAAAAUCGUUACCCAUUUGGCGCGACGCAAGAAGGAUCAAAACAUUGACGAGGAACACAUCCAGCAGCUAUUCCUGGUCGUACGCAAGUUCAUACAGAACGACACUCGCCUGCAGGAUGGACAGACAUUGCUGCACAUCGCAGUCAAUGGAGUGAUGCCCGUAGACGAGUUCUACACGAAUGAACUGUGCAGAUUUCCCUGCUAUGCCACUGCUCUGGUUCUAGUACACUGCGGCGCCUCCGUGGUCGCAGUGGAUUCGGCUCGAAACACCCCUCUACACAUCCUAGUGACCAAGGUAAACACCUCUCAGGAUCGCCAGGCGGAGAUGGCACGCAUUCUGCAACUGUUCGUUGAGGCAGGAGCCCAUUUGGAUGCAGUGAAUGCGGCUGGGCAGACAGCGGCCACGGCCUGCAAGCUGCCUAUCUUGGCCAAUCGACUGCACGCCAAUCAGAAUGCCCACACUAGCCUCAAGUGCCUGUCCGCACGCUCCAUUGCCACCAACAGGCUAAACUUCAAGGGUCUGAUACCCACCCAGCUGGAGGCCUUUAUACAGAUGCACAGCGUGCACAAGGUGCUGCCGUAGAUAGUCAAAGGCAUGAGCCGUAACUGAAGUAAUUAGAACUGUGAAUACAAUAAGCCACGUUGGAACACAUUUAUAUAUCCAUAUGUACAAGCUUUGGUGUCUGUAUGUACGAUAUAUAUCGAAUUUAGCGACUUAACUUAGCAACAAGAAUGCAAAGGUGAAUGUUUUAUUUUUUGUACACAUUUUAUUAAGUAUAUUUCACUCUUAAUUUAUUUACAAUUACAAUCUGUAACAACUGCACACGUGGACUGACUGUUUGUUUGUAAUCAUUAAUCAUAAUCAUAACUAUUAAUCAUACUUAUGUAAAAUCAUUUUGUACAUUUUUUAUGUAAAACUACUAUUAUUCGCAGUGCAAGAGGGCGCAGGCCACCUAUGUUGAAUCAAUCCAAUUGAUUAUGUUUUUUAGGUGCAAAUGAAAUAAAAAACCAAACAAAUAUGUAAAUCACAGCUGACCAAGA